AUGACGAAGAAAUUGCGAAUGGAAAAUAAGGACAUUAAAAAAUCACAAGAUUCAAUGAAGGAAGAAAUAAACGACCUAAAGAGAGCCCAUGAAGAGCUGCUAGAUGAUAUAUCAUUGAUGGAGAUGCAUCAGAAGGAGAUGGUUCUCCACCUUCGAGGCAUCCCACAAACUCACAAUGAGCAAAUUCAAGAGAAAUUAUCACAGGAGAUUGAAAACUGGUUGGGAGUAGAAGUAGAAGAGAUGCUACUGGAUAUUGAUAAAAUUUUCAGGAUCAAAUCAGAAAGAUCAGACCACUUAUAA